AUGUCUGCCCCCGCCCAGGACCCCCCUCCCCCCACCCCGCCCGCCAACAACCAGCAAAACAAACCCGAAGACGCCGGCGCAAACACUUCUGGCAGCACCCAGCCCACAAACGCGAACAAUGUUGAGCCGCAACAAGAACAGGAGCCUCCCAAGGAGGACACUUUCGAUGACGUGCCAGAAGGCGUUCUCAAGGGCGAUGUGAACGAGAUCAAGAUGCAGGCUAGGAUGAUUGACAACGAGAUCAAGAUGAUGAAGCAAGACCACCUGCGUUUGGCCCACGAACGAGAGCAGAUGGUGGACAAGAUCGCAGACAACACGACCAAGAUCAAGCAGAACAAGGUCUUGCCGUAUCUGGUGUCCAAGGUCGUCGAGGUGCUUGACGUCGAUUCGGAAGAGCAAGAAGGCGCCACCCACAAUGAGCAAAAUGCCAAAAAGUCAAAAUGUGCAGUCAUCAAGACAUCCACGAGACAGACAGUCUUCUUGCCCAUCAUUGGUCUGGUUCCGCAUGAUGAGUUGCGUCCCGGUGAUCUGAUCGGUGUAAACAAGGACUCUUAUCUGGUGCUCGACAAGCUCCCCGAUGAGUACGACGCGAGAGUGAAGGCGAUGGAAGUGGACGAGAGGCCCACAGAGACUUACACGGAUAUCGGUGGUUUGGAUAAACAGAUUGAGGAAUUGGUGGAAGCCAUCGUCUUGCCUAUGCAACAAGCAGACAAGUUCAAGGCCCUCGGUAUCACUCCUCCAAAGGGCUGUUUGAUGUACGGUCCCCCCGGUACCGGUAAAACCCUUCUCGCCCGUGCCUGUGCUGCCCAAACCAACGCUUGCUACCUGAAGCUCGCCGGUCCUGCCCUUGUACAGAUGUACUUGGGUGACGGCGCCAAGCUUGUCCGCGACGCCUUUGAACUCGCCAAACAAAAGGCGCCCGCCAUCAUCUUCAUUGAUGAGCUGGACGCUAUCGGGACAAAGCGAUUCGACAGUGACAAGAGUGGUGACAGGGAAGUGCAGCGAACCAUGUUGGAGUUGUUGAACCAGUUGGACGGUUUCUCGAGUGAUAGUCGGAUCAAGGUCAUUGCCGCUACAAACCGAAUCGAUAUCCUUGACCCUGCCCUCCUUCGUUCAGGUCGUUUGGACCGUAAGAUCGAGUUCCCGUUGCCUAAUGAAUCAGCACGAGAGCACAUUCUGCAAAUUCACGCACGAAAGCUCAAUCACAACAAUGUGAACUUUGAAGAGCUGGCGAGAUCGACAGAAGAAAUGAAUGGUGCUCAGCUGAAGGCGGUCUGCGUCGAAGCGGGCAUGCUGGCUCUCCGACAAAACGCUACUCAGUUGACACACGAGCAUUUCCACGGGGGUAUCUUGGAGGUACAGGCACGAAAGGCCAAGGAGCACCAUUACUUUGCAUAA